AUGGCGGACGCUGAGACUUUUGCUUUCCAAGCCGAGAUCAACCAGUUGCUCUCCCUCAUCAUCAAUACCUUCUACAGCAACAAGGAGAUCUUCCUUCGUGAGCUCAUCAGUAACUCCUCCGAUGCGUUGGACAAGAUUAGGUUCGAGUCAUUGACCGAUAAGAGCAAGCUCGAUGGCCAGCCAGAGCUUUCAUUCACAUCAUCCCUGACAAGACUAACAACACCUUGA